GGUAGCUGAAGCUCACGAACAGAUACCUGUUUCUGUGAUUCUCCCACCCACGGUUUAAGAUCAAUACGACAGCAGUGGGGAUACCGCGCAAAAGUGAAAGGGAACCUAGUAGCGCCUAGUAGCUAUCUGUGCUAGCUGCAGAGUUAAACGAGGUCGAGUGACAUACCGCGUUUGGUGCUUUACGCUUUCCUGAAAACUGCAUUUUAAAUAUAACCUUGUCAAAUACUCUGCAUAGAAUCGCGAGCAAUGAGAUCGACCGUCAUGUCAACCAACCGCGGCAACCAGAAGAAAGUUCAGCAGCAACAAAAAGAUAUGGAAUAUCAAGAAAAGCUGAAACUUUUGGACGAGGAAUUGAUGUCGUUUUAUCAGUACUGCCAGCAAGCAGGCUUCUCAGAAGCCGAAAUGGACAUGAUUGUUGCUCCUUUAGUGGCAACCUUGAGGAAAAGCCUAAUGAAGAAGCUGGCCAAAGUUUUCGGAGCUGUGCUUACUGUUGUCGCAUUUUGUUAUUGUGCAGCCCAACUAGGUUCCAUCUCCAUGCACUUAGCAGCUCUUGGACGCCUCUUCAUGAUUAAGCUGUUACCAUUCUGGGACUGGACAUCCAUGUUUUAUGAAUCCUGCCUUGUAUCAAAUCCAUUCUAUGGAGAAUAUACACUUACAGAAGAGGACUGUGUUUCCUGUGAAGCUUUGGAACAUGUGGACAGACUUGGAGGUGUGGCAUAUGAGCAACUUCUUGAUGGGUACUUGAACCGAGAUGCCCCACUCAUUGUAGUAGACGCAAUGGAGUCAUGGCCUGUUAUGAACACAGAUGACUUCUGGUUUGAUAACAUAACCCAGUUAUAUCUACAAGAUGAGAAAUUGAUGGACACUGUGCCAUGCAUUCUCACAACUAAUCUACGAACCGGGUCUUCAGAUCUACAUGCAUUCCUUAAGCGUAUUCAUAGCCCAAAAGUUGACAAGUGGUUUGUCCAUUGGCAGAACUGUGACAUAUAUGCUGUGAAGGCCUUGAGGAAGUUCUACCAGCGGCCAUAUUUUCUGUCUAGUUCUGUGUCUCCAGCUCAUUUCAACUGGGUCCUCAUGUCAUCUGACUACAAUACUAAAGUAUACAAGAAAGUGGAACUAGAUUCCGGACUAAUAAUGUUAGCACAGCUGAGAGGGUCAACAGCAUUCCGUCUCACACCGCAUAAUCCCUGCAAUUCAUCCUGUCCUGAACUACUGGGGGAUUUACAAGAGGGGGAAAUGUUGGUAUUCACCAACUUCAUGUGGACUUUCGAAUAUUUUCCAGGUCGUAAUUUGGAUAAUGUUGCCAUUCUUACUGAGACAGUAUGGGAAGAAGGAUCUACUUAGGAAAAGACUUUCAACUGGACUAUCCAUAAUUAAUUAUUAUGAAUGUCUUACAGUGUAGUAUAACAUAGUCAGUACCAUGGUGUGAACUACAUUUGUAGUCAUUUAGUUCAGUAAAUAAUUGCUUGUUGAAUUUGAAGGGAAAUUUAAGAGACAAGCCUGGAUGUCAAGCUAAUGCCUAUAUUAAGUGUGGAGUUCAUGUUUCUAAGUCAAUGACUUUGAAUAAUGUCAAGCAUAAGGUGACUGAGAAAGGAUGUCAAGAACUGUAUUUAUUAGUUAUUAUAUAUAUCAAAACAAAAUGUUUUUUCUUCAUAGUAUGGCUGCAAGUAUGCCCAAGUUUGAAUGUCAUUUAGUGUAACUCAAUAUGGGAACCACUGCAUGUACUGAAGCAAUAUUCUAAUUCAGUCCAGACUCAGGAAAGCACAAUGGCCAACACAAUAACAAUUACUAUAGUAAUUAUCCAUCACAAGUAUGCAAAACUAUUCAGUUUUUACUGUACAUAUUGUCACGUGUAUGAGUGACUAAUAGUUUGGGUUCUGGACUGGAUGAACAGGUUUAUUUACUACUUCGACACAUCACCAGUAAUUAUGUGUAAUUAUAGCACUAUCACUAUUUCUACACUUUAUAAUUCACUGUUACACACUUACUAGUCCUCUCCUG